GGGUUAUCCCCCGACUGAUUGGGGGACAAAACGGCAAUUCUAAGUGACCCAGGUGGACAAGUGAAAAUUUUUUGGAGGCCAUCACUGCCAACGCAGAGUAGUAGGCGUUGGUGAACGUGAGCGAGCGAACGAGCGAGGAACACUUUUCAUCCGAGUCUUCUCCACUGACUGACUCCUAGCUCGUCAAUAGAAAUCACAGCUAUGCCUGAAGUGUUGCCACUUUCUGGCAUGGCUGAUGCCGAGCCGGACCUGUCGACGUUCGAGAACAAGUCCGGCCUGGCGGAGGAUAUGAAGUUUCUGGCCUCGAUGCCGGAGCUGUGCGACGUGACGUUUCUGGUCGGCGAAACGCGGGAGCCCGUCUGUGCCGUCAAGGCCGUGCUGGCCGCCCGCUCGCGGGUCUUCCAGAAGAUGCUCUACCAGGCACCGUCGCCGCAGCGCAAGAAGGAACCACCGCCGAGGGAGAACAAGCUGCGACUUUUCCUGAAGCGCUCAUCCGAGCCGCUGCUCAAUCUGCAGAAUGCUGCCCAGCAGCCUGCCGGUCAGCAGCACCAGACGCUGAUCAUUGAGGAGUUCGAGCCGGACGUUUUCCGUCAGCUGAUCGAGUACAUCCACACUGGCUGCGUAACGCUGCAGCCGCGUACACUGCUCGGCGUUAUGAACGCAGCCGAUUACUACGGACUGGAAGAGCUGCGCCGUGCCUGUGGUGGAUUCGUACAGUGCUGCAUCAACGUGGACACCGUUUGCGCCCUGCUGGCUUCCGCCGAACGCUACAUUCAGUACAAGUGUACCAAGAGUUUGGUACAGAAGGUGCUGGAGUUCGUGGAUGAACAUGGCAAUGAGGUGCUUAAUUUGGGCAGCUUCACGCUGCUACCGCAGCAUGUCGUCCGUCUGAUUCUGGCACGGGAUGAACUACGAGCGGAUGAGUUCACCAAAUUUCAGGCUGCAUUAAUGUGGAGCAAGAAGUAUUGUGACACAAACCAAACUACUCCUCUGAAGGAGGUGAUUGGAAACUUUUUGGAGUACAUCCAGUUUCAUAAGAUUCCAGCAAACGUACUGAUGAGGGAGGUUCAUCCACUCGGAUUGGUUCCGUACUCAAUCAUUAUGAAUGCCCUAGCUUUUCAGGCAGACCCAACAAGUGUGGACCCCGGAAAGCUCUCCCCCAACUCCAGUCGAUCCCAUCAUCAUCAUCACCAUCAUCAUCAUCAUCAUCAUUCGAAAUCUCUCCCGAAAAUACGUAAAGCCAAGUCCCAGAGUUUCCGCACCCGUCGCAGUCCAUCGGAACGCAAGAGUUUCGUUUCACCCUCGCCGUGGAACUUUAACGUCGAUCAGCGCAAGAGUCCGGUCAGCAGCCUGCAACAACAGAUCCAGCAACAUGUGCCCAGAUCACCGGGAAGCACUUCGGCUCACUUGGAGCACCGAAGUUCGAUCAGCUCGCAGAAGAGUCCGGUACUGUCACGCCAGAGCACUCUGCGCUCGUCGCAUCGCAGGAAAAGCAGCUUGGGUGCAUCGUUAAAUCUGAGCCAAGGACGAAGAAGUCCGAGCAGUAUGCUCAACGACCGCAGCCCUCAGGGCCGCAAGAGUCCAAACCUUCUUAUUACCGAUCAAAUGUACGCUCAAAGUUUCCAGGUCAAUCUGGAUCGUAAGUCUCCAACCGCUAUGUCUUUCUCUGGACGACGCAGUCCUUCGGGACUGCGAAGUCCGUCCGGACUGAGAAGUCCGUCCGGUUUACGCAGCCCCUCGGGCCAGCGCAGCCCAUCGGGACUUCGAAGCCCAUCGGGCUUAUGCAGCCCUUCCGGACGACGCAGUCCUCUAGGUUUCAACCUCCAAAGUGAAUACUCUAAUCUACUUCAGAGCCACAUGGAACGUUUCUCACCGAACUCACUCAGCAGUCACUCCGUUCCGGAUCGUCGAAGCCCCACAACGCAUCUUCCACCGGAACGCAGCCGUAGCCCGAUUGGCUUCCAGUCGCGCUACGGUGGAAGUUUCUACGGCGAUCGUUCGGCUCGCACCAGCCCGACCACUUUGGGCAGCAUUCCUCCCAUCACCAUCUCGAACCCUUCGGAAACGUACGAAAUCGUACAAAAAUCCAUGGAAUCGGAACGCAGUCCGCUGAAACCGGACGCCCCAUCUACUGUACCACUGUCUACCUCUGCCCAGAAAUCUACAUCGUCCAUAGCUGGAGCCACCACUCCGGGAUCGGUCACCUCCGGCACCACGACAGCACCCGAGAAGAAGGAGAAAACAAGCGUGAUGAAGGAGAUUCUGGCAUUCGUGCGGAAACCGUCGAAGAAAGUGUCCACACGAACCAGCAAAUUCGCAGCCGCAUUUUCGCGCGCUGAAGGCAGCACUGGCGCUCCGCUGAUGCGGCAGAGCACCUUCUCUAGCAUCCCGAAUACUUCCAGUUGUGCCGGUCGCAACGCCAUCACCAAGCAGAUGUCGGAAAUUGGCUUCGAACCGAUUAUGUCGUCGCUGAAGCUGAAAGCGGUCGGAUCGAAGAUGUCACUGAAGUCGCUGCGGAAGUUUAGCGGUGAUAAAAAGGAUAAAAAAUCCAGUGGGGAUGAGGUUAGUGACAUCGAGAGUAGUGACGGUGGGAAGAUGGAGGGAGGCAAUCUGCUGGAGAUGCCAUUCGAGCUGGAAAAUGUGAGGUUCGAAAAAGUUGGGGAUUCCUACAUUAAGCAUGAUCAAAUUAAAGAGGAGGAUAGUCCGAGAAGUUCACAGGACAGUGGAGAUGCUGAUGAUGGGCGGUUGAAAAUUACGCCCGUUAGUGAGAUUAAGAAGUCACUGGAAGCGCUUUUCACCCGGCAGGAACCGAUUGAUGAGGCUGCCGAGGAUGGCAGAAGGGAUUCGGAGGCGGUUCAGUGUCCGACGUUUGAGAUAGAGCCUCCGUCGAGGCGAGCAUCGUUCGAUCCUCCUCGUUCUCCCUAUCUGGAGAACUUGCGAAGCUUAAGUGAUACGGAUCAUGAAGCUACUCAGCACAGUCGGCUGGAUUCCGGUGGGGAUAGUUUUGAACUGAUCGAUACUACAACCGAUCGACGAGGAGAGAGUAGUGUCAGUGAUCGGCAUUCAUCUAUGGACACUAGCUUCGAUAUGAGCCGUUAUCAGUCGACUAGUUACGAGGACCAGAACUCUAGCUUUGAACUGGUUGAGUUGGAUACGUCGCAAAGGACUUCCGCGAAGGAUGAGAAAAUUUCUCCGUUUGAUAUUCGGAAGUCUUCGAUCGAGCUGGUGGAUCCGGAGACUUUCCACCGAUCCUACCCGGAGGGGAGGAAGUCUUCUCUGGAAACACAUUUCGAUCUCGUGGAAGGUUACCAUGGGUCCACUCCAAGAAGUGCCAUCACAAUCACACCGAAGGCUCGCAAACAAAUAUCGGAACCCGGUCGAAACCGAGACCAUCACUACAAGGUGGGCACCAUGAAGACCCACUAUUCCGCACCACAUCGUGCCAAAUCGCCACUGUCGAAUCAGACCUCCUCGAACUACAGUUCUCGUGACAGCUACGAUUCGAUCUUCGAGUCCUUACCUCACUGCGAAGUCCGCAGUCCGUUCUCGGACCGGGACUACAAGCAGCACUUCCAGCUGCCCCGUAAAUCGUCCAACGAAUCCUCGCGCUUCCUAUGUACCGACAAACGCUGUGCCUCAAUCUUUGAACCUCGUCCCGCUCGUCUUUCGUCCACUCACCUGGACACCUCCAGCGGUAGCGAAUUCGAGCCGCCGUCACCGCGGAGGGCCGCCAGUGCAUCACCGAAGCACACCUUCACCUUCCGGAUCGUGCUGAAGAAGGUGGACAGCUCGCCGGACGCGAUCUGUCCGUCGGCCGAGCGACGGAACCGCGAAAAGCCGGACAAGCACAAACGGCGCGACAGCCGCCGAAAGAAACUGCUCGAAAUAGGCAAAAGCUUCUAAAGAGCGUCAAGCUAGACAAAGCAGGCGAUGCGAAAAAACAAGCAAGCAGUCAGCUCAAAGUUUUAAAACGUGUUUAAACAACAGUAUUUAUUAGUCAGCGUUUUUUGAAAUUCUAUUCGUGCACACAAUUUUACAUAGUUGUUUACUGUGAAGAGCCAACUUUUCAUCGAGAAUCCAAUACUCUCUCUUCUUGCCUUCCCCUGAAUCGGUUGAUGAACCGGUUAUAAAAACAAACGUAUCUUUUCCAAUUUUGUGAUUGUUUCUCGACUGUUUCCAAUGUUAAACGCAUCUUAUUACAGCCUGAACGUGUACAAAGUUCGCCUUUUCCAAGAAGUUCAUAACCUAAAUUCUAUAUUGUGUGAUAUUAUCGAAUUAUUCAACAAUUCCAACAAUAUAUAUAUCCAUUCCAGCGAAGAAAAAGCACACAGUUUUAAGGUAAUUCAAAGCACUGAAAUUAAACAUUUAAAUCAAAUCAAUCCCUACGAAAACAAAAAAUAAUAAACGUGUUCAAAUUGUGCAAACUCUAUAUGCCGCCGGGUACUUAAAUAGCAGACAUUAUAAGCAUCUACAGUAUUCCACUAAUGGACCGUGAUCAAAUUCUAUAUCAAUAAUAGUUAUUCUCCCCAAUAAAAAGCGGGUUUUUGCAGUACAAGAAACAAACAUCAUACUAACUACAUAGCAUAAUUCUAAAUACAUUUAAAAACAGACAGCAUGACAGUCGAUCGUUGCGAUCCAAGCAGGCCUCGAUUUGCCUUUGUCGAGUUGACAGUUUACAAACACGCCGCAUCCCCUGCGCAGUUAAUCGUAAACUUUCAAACUCGACGACAGUUACAAUGUUGAUUAAAGUAAACAUCUAUGUUUGUAUAUCCGAGAAGAAAGACAGAUUGUUUACUCCUCCCAUUAAUAACACUUGUGUUACAAAGUUAACGCUGGACAAAGUUGUUGACCGCGACCUGGUGAUAGAGAAUCUAUAAAAGAAACCGGAAAACACAGGUUAGUACAAUCGAAAACUCUUUAUUUCGGAUCUUUUUUGUUUUUUUGCAAACAAAAACUCUCCAGGAAAAAAGGGGCCGUACCAAACAACAUCUUUCAAGAACAGCCAGACAAAACCAAACAAAACAAAAAAGCAGUUUGAUUAAUCAGAAAAUAUUCGGUAUUCGUUUUCCGUGUCUAAUAUCGAUAAAAAUAAUCUUACUUAUCUGUCUGUUUGUUCGACCACCAACCUCUUCCCAGUGAACGCCAUCUGGCGCCAAUCCAAACAAAGCCAACCAAAGUAAGUGUUACAUUGUUGACCUAUAAGCUUAGCUGGGAACGAUAUUAUCGAAUAUUUCAAACCGUACUGAGCGAGGUUUUUCUCUUCGGAGAAUUCGGGAAAGGCAGUGUGAAAACAAAAACUAUUUUACAAACCUUAUAAAGAAAAAUUGUUCGAUCGAGUGAAACUUAUUUACAAUCAAACUCCCCCCGUGGAAGUGACGUUACAACCAUGCAACGUCGAAGUCAAAACCGCUAACUAUGACAAACUAUAUGACAAACAAACUAGUGUGGAGAUUACGAAUACUAAACUAAACAAAAACGGAGAGAUUCGAAAUUUUGGAUGCAGGAAAAAAUGUUAUCAAAAAAUGUCUGAAAAAAAAUCAAUAAAUUCAAUUCAAUUCAUUCCAUUAACACACCCCUCACAUCCAUUAUUCGGUGUAUGUUGAUUG